CCCAGCCGACCCUAUAAACCCUAUAACUCCUCUACGCCGAUUCACCGUCCCUCCAUCUCCAUUCCCAUUCCCAGGCAUAGUGAUGGGAGAAGAUUCAGGUAGGUCCAAUGACUCUCAAACAAAUGGCGAUGUCCCGUGCUGCAAAUGUGGUGUGCCCAUACAGCCCAAUGAUUUCAAUAUGUGUGCCCGUUGUUUACGCUCGGAGGUUGAUAUAACUGAAGGGUUACAGAAACAUGUCACCAUUACUUACUGCCCGGAUUGUGAAAGCUAUUUACAGCCUCCUGGAUUUUGGAUUAAAGCCCAGCCUGAAUCCCAAGAUCUUCUUGCAUUCUGUGUGGAGAGGCUGAAAGAUUUUAAUGAAGCUCGUUUGGUGGAUGCCGAGUUCAUCUGGACCGAACCUCAUUCCAAGAGGAUCCGAGUCAAGCUUAAACUUCAGAAAGAGGUUCUGCAGGGGGCAAUCCUUGAACAAUCGUAUAUUGUUGAGUUUGUUGUCCAUGACCAGUUAUGUAAACCUUGCUCAGGCAGAAUGAUGGGAGAAGAUUCAGGUAUGUUCAAUGUCUCUCAAACAAUUGGCAAUGUUCCGUGCUGCAAAUGUGGUGUGCCCAUACAGCCCAAUGCUGUCAAUAUGUGUGCCCGUUGUUUACGCUCGGAGGUUGAUAUAACUGAAGGGUUACAGAAACAUGUCACCAUUACUUACUGCCCGGAUUGUGAAAGCUAUUUACAGCCUCCUAGAACUUGGAUUAAAGCCCAGCCUGAAUCCAAAGAUCUUCUAACAUUCUGUGUGAAGAGGCUGAAAUCUUUUAAUAAAGCUCGUUUGGUGGAUGCCGAGUUCAGCUGGACCGAGCCUCAUUCCAAGAGGAUCCAAGUCAAGCUUAAAAUUCAGAAAGAAGUUCUGCAGGGGGCAAUCCUUGAACAAUCGUAUAUUGUUGAGUUUGUCGUCCACUAUCAGUUGUGCGAACCUUGCUCACGUAUUCAGGCCAACCCUGACCAGUGGGUAGCUGCAGUGCAGCUCAGGCAGCAUGUUUCUCACAGGAGAACUUUCUUUUAUUUGGAACAGGUCAUUCUUAAGCACAAUGCUGCUUCCCGGGCCAUACUUAUAAAACAAAUGACUCAGGGGGUGGAUUUCUUCUUUGGAAAUAGAAGUCAUGCUCUGAAGUUUGUGGAUUUUGUGGGUAAGGUGGUGCCUACCAGAAGUCGUAGCGACAAGCAACUUGUGUCUCAAGACGGAAAGAGCAAUACCUACAAUUACAAGUAUACGUUUUCCGUUGAGAUCUCUCCAGUAUGCCGUGAAGACCUCAUUUUUCUCCCACAAAAGCUGUCUGCCAGUUUGGGAAAUCUUGGCCCGCUUGUGAUCUGCACUAAAGUGACCAAUAGCAUUACUUUGCUGGAUCCGUUCACUUUGAGGCACUGUUUUCUAGAUGCUGAUCAGUAUUGGAGAGCAUCAUUUAAGCCUCUACUCACAAGUAGGCAGCUUGUGGAAUAUAUAGUUUUGGAUGUUGAACUUGUGUCUUCUGAAGUUACUGUUGGUGGUUCGAAAUAUGCUAUGGCUGAUGUCCAAGUAGCUCGUCUAUCAGAUUUCGGCAAGAAUGACAUAAUGUUCACGGUAAGAACACAUAUAGGCCAUCUUUUGAAAUCCGGGGACAAUGCCUUUGGUUAUGAUCUGUAUGGAGCCAACAACAACGAAAUUGAGUUGGACAAAUACAAAGGUUUUUCCCUCCCUGAAGUGAUUUUGAUAAAGAAAAGCUAUGAAGAAAAGCGGCAGAGGAAGAGGGGCAAGCCUCGUCCAUGGAAGCUCAAGUCACUUAACAUGGAAGUUGAUGACACCGGCAGAGCGAAAGACAACAAAGAGAAGGCGAUUUCAGAGUAUGAACGGUUCUUGGAAGAGUUGGAGGAGAACCCUGAGGACAUAUUUAACUUGUCACUGUACCGCAAUAAGGAAUAUCAACCCUCGGAAAUGGCAUCUGCCAGUGAUGACGAUGAUUUCCCUGCAAUUCCUCUGGAGCAACUUGCUCAUCUUCAAUUAAGUGAUGACGAUGAUGAUGUUGGCCAUGAAGGUGUCAGUAUGGCAGAGUGAAGUUGUGCUGUAUCUCUUUCAAGAACUUAGGAGUUCCAAAGAUGGUCAGCUUUUUGCCAUUUCAAACUUGUUUGCAGAAGCUUGUGUUUUUUUGUUCUGUUAAGACCCACAUUUGUGUUGACCUCUUUGCAUGUUUAGUGUUGCAUGUUAUAUGAAAACACCUUUGGG